UGGAGGAUAUCACUAACCAUUGGUGGAAGACAGCCUCCUACCGCAACAGCCCUUGUUCUGGACGUCCUCAGAUCCUCCUAGGGAGAAUGAAUUCAUUCCUCGGAUGCAUUCUGGUGGUGGGAGUAUCUCCGUGUUUGGUGGAAUGUGCUGGUGGGGGGCCAGAAAACUCGCUCGUUCGCAGGUUCCAACGGUCGACAAGUUCGUGAUGCGUGACUUCGUUGAAGACUUUCUACUUCCCAAGCUUCGGGAGUUCAGAGAAGCCGACAUCAAUCUCACAAUCCAGCAUGACAACGACGCCAAGUUUCACACGCCCGACUGCAAAGAAUCCUAUGA